AGUUGUAAAGUAAUUUGAUUGUUCCAUGUUAAAUUAUUACCAACGUAAUUAAAUCGCUAAAUAGUACAUAAGAUUUUGGAAUACAAACUUGGAUAUGACAGCUAUGCCCACAAGUGGGCGGCACCAUGUCGCUAAUGGCAACAGUGCGAUACCUGCUCACCCCUUUGACCGUGCAAUAGAGAGCAAAAUUGUCAUGGCUACAAGCCGACCGUUUUCUGAAGAGAGAAGAGCUACUUCUCCAGAUGCACAGAUUGAUAUAUUCUGCGGGGGAUGGGACGACGACGAUGACGAUGAUGAUUAUUGUGAUAUGGCACCCGUUCAACCGCAACGGCCUCGCUCCGCUACACAUAGCCCAUUAUCAGCUGCAGUGCCACAUAAUCUGCGCGGUAAAGUAAGCAGCGCUUCCAAUUCUCCACUGCGCUUCGGGAUAACUGAUGAAAACCCCGCAGUUGUUAUAGUACCGGCUAGUCCAUACGGAUCCAUAACAAGCAAUGCGUCAGCUAGAGGUAACUCGCGUUCUCCAUCCCCGAUCGCAUCAACGGAUUCCGAUUCAGCGCUAGAGACUGAUGAAAAUUCUGACAGUGAAUUUACCGAUGGACGUAUUAGCAGCAUCACAUCAGAAACUUUUGACAUAGAACCACCGAAGCCCAAUCCUUCCUCCAGAACAAGUAUUCCCUCCGAAAGUGUAGUAAUAUCACCCCCUCCACAUGCUCCUAAACGCCAACCUAGCAGUGCGGGUCAGGCUGCAAGAAAAUACUUACAAAUGCAACAGUCUACAAGGAGACAAGAUCCGGAUUCUCCACGACAAAAAAUCGGUUUAGCACGAUCUUCUUCAAGGGUUGGUUCUGGUGGCGUACUAAAUCGUAUAAGCAAAAAUCGAGCUCAAAACAACUCCGCUCCCGCGAGAUCAAAAUCCGAGGACCGACUCGAAUCUAGUGAAAGCUUUCAACGAGAAAAGGUUUUAUCUGAAUUCACUCAUAUGUCGGAUACUAACAUAAAUGAAGCUAAGCGUAAAAGUAGAACUCUCGAUCGAGGUCUUAGUGGCCUCACAAACGCAGAUCAAGAUUUUGAAAACGACGAUGCAGAACUAGGCGAUAGAACCAAGGGUCGAGAUGGCGCCGCAGUGAUGAAAAUGAUAACUGAUCGCCAUAGUAAAAGUCAUAGCUUAGAUUCAAAAUAUUUACAAUAUCUUGAAGGAAUAUCAAAGCACGCGUCUUCCCCGAAUCUGGAAUCUCCCGGUGCAAUUUCAGAUAAAGUUUUCUCAGGAGAUAAAAAGAAAAAACAAGAAAAGAAAGAAUCGAUAUAUAAAAAGAAAUCGACCAAUGAACAAAAUGACGAAGCGGAUGACGAAGAAGAAUUUAGAAAGUAUGCUGCAACAAUGGCGUCAAAAACAAGAACUUCAUCAACAUCGCCACAUAGGUCACCUCUAAAAUCUUCAACUCCGCCACGUACUGCCGUGACGACAGGUCCUAGUUUGGGUGACUUUGCAAGUUUGAGAUCAAUAGAGAAGGCAAAGAUGGACAAACUUACCAAGAAGAAAAAUCAUGGAAGUUUAUCCCAUAAAUUUUCGAUCAGAAAAUCAAAAACGCUUGGAAGGACUUCCAUAGCUCCAAAAGCACAAGAUAGUUUUGCGAAUGCUGCGGAAGCAUUUCACUUACAAUUGGCAAAUCAAGGAAGUGGGACACUACCAGGAAAAGUAGAUCAUGGUCAACGACAAGAGCCCGUUAAAUCUAAUAGCUUGAAAAGAGAAAAACGUAAAAGCUGGAAAAAGAAACAUGGCCUUUCAAUAAAGUCUCGUUCGAAAGAGAGACUAAAUAUGGGAUCGUCGGAUGAUCUGCGUGCAAAAUCGGCACCAACGUCGCCGCACAUUCAACCUACUAUCGAAUCAGUUAGUAGAAAUACUCGUUCACCGCCUCUUAUAAAACAAUCAUUGGGUUAUAAAGCGAAAAAUAGUUCAAACUUUCGAGUACUCAAGAAUGCUUAUAGUGGUGCACCAAGAGAGCGUACAACAUCUUUUGAGCUUGAUACGCCUCACAGUCCUAAAAUAAUGAGCCCAGCAUCAACUCGGAGUAUGACGUUGGACAAUAGGAGAACCGGUCGUGAUGGUAGAACUCUUGUAAGAGCUGGUAGUAGUGGGCAACUUGGAACACAUCCAAAAUUGAAGCAUGUCAAUAGUCUGAACUCUGAAAAUUCAGGUUCAAAUUCCGAUAUUAGUCUUAUUUUAGAUGACGAAUUUGAUGAUUUCAAGGGGAAAAUCGGACAGAAAGCUGGCACAUUGUCCCGCUUAUUAGGUCGCAAGAUGAAAGAACGAAAAUUCGAUAUCUUAGAGUUUGAAAGCGAUGAGCAACGAUCGGAAUCGUACAGCACUUCAAGUUUAGGCAGGCGUCGACAUAAGCGAGGAAAGUCUGCAACUCUUGGUUCGCCGUCAAUGACUCUCCGUUCUCGUUACUCUAACAGUAGAGAAGCUCUUGCAGAAAUAGAAGCUAUGUCAGAAGCUGAUUUAUUCUUUGGAUCUAAAAGAUUUGUCCGUGGAUUUAUGGUGGAGGCUGACGAAAGCGAUGAAGACUAUGAUGACACAGCAGCUGAAAAUGACGACAUAGCGUUACAGUUUGAGUCGGCCAGAGUUAAUAAAUAUGCCACCAUAACAGGUGUUAGAUCCGGGUCAAACGGACGCUACGAAAUGGGAAGUUUAAAGAAGCGCAGGUCUGACACUCUUCUGGAAACAUCGAGUCGUAACAAGGAAGAUUCUUCUCCUGUGCUCAGUCGCAGAAAUCUAAGUUUACCGGUGAUGGACGGUCAACAGAAAUCGAAGGGCUCGAAAAAUAAAGGGCUCGGAUCCGCAUUUUCUCGCACUAUGCAGAAAGGUCCGUCCAGUCAUCUUGCUUUCAGUGAAGUUUUGACGGAGAACGAAGUUGUUGGGAAUUCAACAGAACGACUUACAGCUAGUCCACUACGAACCCGAAAGCUUCAACCAGUCGAGCCUUUGAAUGAAGAGCCUUCGCCUAAAAUUCUGUCGUCAGCCAAGGUACUUCAUCGACACCUAGUGGCGAUUAGACCAGACUUGUUUUGUACACACAACGCAGAAGAUGAACGAGAUGGAUAUGGAUCAUACGAAUCAACUGCCCGAGACCAAGAGGUUCGAUCGUAUCCAAAUAGCAUUUUUGGACAAGACCUUGUCACGUGGUUAGUGACGUAUUCAGCUACAUCAUCUAGUUCUCACGAUUCCGAUCUUUCGCCAUCAACUACGCAGGAAAAGCGUAAAGAUGCGUGCGGGAUGUUACAAGCUCUACUAGAAGAAGGAGCGAUAUUUCAUGUACGAAGAGAACAUCAUUUCCAAGACACGUAUCUUCUGUACCAAUUUCAUGAAGCCGUUUCAAAAGCAGGUGAGAGUUCAAAGGUCAAUGGUCGACCUGUAUCGACAGAAAGCACUUUCUCUUCCUCAACGAUAAGCAGUGAUUUCAAUUCGACAACUAGCACCGAAACAAAUGAUACUGAAAUUCAGAAUGAUGACCCGGCCCCCCAACCACCAAGGCGACAUAACGACACAGAACACUGGGUACCUUCAUCUGUUGAUGAACUAGAACUGAAGGAAGUGCUUUCUCAUCUUCAGAAUGUCGCACCUGACGCCAUGUUUAGAAUGGUGCUUCGAAAGCUGCCAAAAGACAGAACGGCAGAAGAACUGAUGAUGAUAUAUGAAGAAAUUUUGCACAUCAAGGCAUUAGCACAUCUCAGUGACUCCGUAAAAAGAGAGCUUGCUGGCGUUCUCAAAUUUGAAUUCCACAGAAAACGCGGCAAAACACUGUUCAGUCAAGGCGACGAAGGACGUUCGUGGUACAUCAUUGUAAAGGGUGCUGUUGACGUCGAUAUACAAGGACAGGGUGUGGUGUGUACUCUACACGAAGGAGAUGACUUCGGAAAUCUAGCGAUCAUCAAUGACGCACCCAGAGCAGCUACCAUAGUUCUAGCAGAAGACAAUUGUCAGCUCUUGCGAGUAGACAAACACGAUUUUGUUCGGAUUUUAAAGGACGUGGAAGCGAACACUGUGCGACUCAAAGAACACGAAAAAGACGUUCUAAUUCUUCAAAAAAUACACGCAAGAUCUUCUUCACAAAACGGCAGAGAGAAAUAUAUUAAUAACAACACAAAGCCUAAUAAUAGAAUACCGGUAGCAGCCACACCAACGAGACAUAAUCACCGAUAUGCUAUUUCAGCAGGAACAUCUUCAAAAAUCGUCGAACAUGUCGUGAAGUCGUUACGUCCAUGGGGAACAGCCCGACAAAGCGACGAAGCAAUGGAAGACGUUAUAUUGAUGUACCAGGUUUUUAUGUCAACACAAGAACUCUGCAAGCAAUUGAUGAACAUUUACCAAUCAGAAACAUCAGAACAAAUCGAUGCCACAAAAUCCAUAAAACGAAAAGUGGUUUAUUUCGUCGUUAGAUGGAGCCAUAUCGCAACGCAUAUUUUCUACGACCAGCCAGCUGUGGGACCGUUUCUGAAGGAAUUGAAACAAGCGGUGACAGAUGAUAGCAAAAUUUAUCCAAACCUGAAGGAAGAUUUCGCUCGAAUUUAUGAAAUUGAGUCAGUUCCUGUUGAUAGUCCAACACAUCGUGGAUGGAUCACAGUGGAGUCCACAACAAUACAUAGGUACCCUCAGUCAGAAACAGCACGCAAGCCGCACCAAGCUGUUAAAGCAAGCGACGAUGUUAUGCUUAAAGUGUACAACGCAAACCGAACAUACACCACUGUACGACUACCAGUCAUAUCGACGGUGAACGAAAUUGUCAGUGCGGUUGCGGAAAAGCAAGGUCGAGAAUCGGAGAAUCUCCUUCUUAUCCAAGUGCAAUCUGAUGGGGAUAUGUAUGUCCUACCCAAAAAAAUGACGUCAGCUGCAACGACAGUGGGCGUCAAUGGCAGACUUUUUGUCUGCUCAGCCGACGAAAAAGACGAUAUAGAACCAUUAGCCGAACAACAAGUGGUACCAUCCAACAAUAGCACUGUUUUAGAACUUGUGGGAUCUCAAGAAAUUGCUGAGCACAUCACACAACUUGACUGGGAACUUAUAAACAGUAUUCACGUGAUGGAAUUCGUUCACAAAGUUUUCGGUUCUCACAAGUUCCACAGUGUGACUUCAAAUAUUGAUGUGUUUGCACGAAGAUUCAAUCAAUUGGCAUAUUGGGCACCUACUGAGAUAUGUGCUUGCAAUAAUUUGAACAAACGAGUCCACUUGCUAAGAAAAUUCAUCAAGAUUGCCCAACACCUCAAAGAACUUCAAAAUAUGAAUGGAUUCAUGGCGGUAAUGAUCGGCCUUGGAAAUCAAGCUUUGAGUCGUUUGCACGGAACUUGGGAUAAACUACCAACGAAAUACAAAAAAAUGAUGACUGAAUUUGAAGCUAUAUUGGAUCCCUCAAGAAAUCAUCGUGCGUACCGACUCCACGUCGCCGGCUUGCGGCCACCAUUAAUUCCGUACCUACCGCUUCUUAUGAAAGAUAUGACGUUCCAACACGAAGGAAACGACAGUACCAGAAAUGGACUCAUCAACUUCGAAAAAAUGCAUAUGAUGAGUAACAGCAUUCGUGGUGUUGUACAAGCGUGCUCCAAACCCUUCGAAAUGACCAAUAAUAUCAUCACUUCAAAAACAUUCGACGAAACGCGACAGUAUACAAGAAACUUUGGCGUCAUGACAGACCAGAAACAACUAAAUCAGCUGUCCGGCAGAGUUGAAACAAAACGUUGAGAGGUAACGUCAUCAUAAUGACGUCAUAAUACUGGAGCAUUCCGCCCAAAAAGUCGACAAAGCGAGUCGUGGCUGAGAGGAGUUGACGAAUGAACAGAAAUGGCGACGGAGUAUGCGAGAGAAAAUUAGAGAGAAAGGCAAAACUUAUAUAUUCGAGAGAAAUAUGUCGCGAAAUUAUGUCGUAACAAACAAACACUUGUGAUUGACAGAUUCAAAAUUCUGUCAAUUUGUGAACAAAUGAUUUCAAUGUGCAAUGGAUUAUUUAUUAUUCCUUCUCAUUUUGUUUAUCUAUAUUCAUAAAAAAAAAUUUCAUCAAUUGCCCAGAUGUUUCGCGAGAUGAAAUACUAUACUAUAAUGUCACACUGUGUACAUCGUGCAUAAUAUUUAAUUUCAUCUAAAACUGAGCGAAAUUAUUAUUUCAAGCUAAUCUGGCAGGCUGCUUUAUUUAUGAAAUUGCUUUAUCCAAUUUAUCCAGCUUUGGAUACCCAGAAUGUCAACAAAAUAUGGCUUGAUCUGUCUUUCAAAUGGCUAAAAUUCAAGCAAAUCCAUUGGUUUGUGUCAUAGUAUAUUUGCUUUAAUUCUUUGUUUCCCGGUUGUUCCGAAUGAGUUUCUAGUUGUUGUUGUUUUUUUCGCUUUUUUCAUUUUCAUUAGACUAACUUGUUCCCCUUCAAACUGAUGGCUAAUAAAUCACAAGGCAGAUCUAUAACAAAAAACUUGGCCAUAAAUAAAUUCAAAUGUUUUUGAAAUGCUCUUCUUCCAUGAUCAAUAGCAACCCGAACUUGGACCGAUUAAAAUUUGACGAGUGUUUUUAAAAAUGCUUCAUGUUCACUUUGGAAAACCCUCGACGCCCUUUUUGAGCAGCCAUAACUCUAUUUUAUCACCAAAUUUUACGUCAACGUUCAGAUGCUGCUGAUUUAUAAAGAAAAAAAUGAUUUCAAGCAAAUUUAUUAAAUGUUAUUAAUAAUAUUAUUGUCAUUAUAUUUUUUGUUUCAAUAAUUUUUUACUUGUUUUAUUUUUUAUUUUUACUUAAUUUCAAUUUCUUCGUAAAAGUUUAUUUCACUGAUUUUUAUCGGAUUCGACUAUUUCUGAUUAGCAAUAAAAUGCCUUCGUCCUCAACAGUGAA